AUGGAAGCAAAGCCUGGGCAGCAAGCUUCGCGCGCUUCGUCCCCGCCGCCCGGCUCUGCCUCGCCGAAGCUCCAAGCUGCAGCGGCCGGAGGAGGGGCCGCCGAUGCAGCAGCAGCAGCAGCAGCAUCCACGGGAGCGGAGGAAGCAGCGUCUCGUCUGCCGGCGAGUGACGGGGAUGCGGCGGCUGGCACAGGCGGCUCCUCGUCGGACCCCGGGAGCGGGUUGGCUCCUGCCUCUGCAGCCGCUGGAGACGGGCUGGGCAGACCUCUGGGUCCCACGCCCAGCCAGAGCCGCUUUCAGGUGGACCUGGUGGCAGAAAACCUGAGUCGGGCGGCUGUGGCAGAAGAGGCGAAAUCCACGGAAGCGACUCCCGGUGAUGGGCAUAAGAAAAGCAGCGAGGAAGCAAAAGGUCGGUUCCGGGUGAAUUUCGUGGACCCCUCCGCUGGAGACGACAGCUCCGAUGAGCCUGGAGGUGGGGGCCCAGAAGGCUGCAGCGUCAGCUUCCAGAAUGGGGGUGACACGGUUCUGAGCGAAGGGAGCCUACAUUCCGGGGGAGGCUCAGGAGGGCACCAUCACUUCUAUUACGACACUCAUACGAACACGUACUAUAUGCGCACCUUCGGCCACAAUACCAUCGAUGCCGUGCCAAGGAUAGACUAUUAUCGGCACACCGCUGCUGGUCUAGGAGAGAAACUGAUUCGACCCAGCCUUGCAGAGUUGCACGAUGAGCUGGACAAGGAGCUAUUUGAAGAUGGCUAUGCAAAUGGAGAAGAAGGAACACCUACUGGAGAAGCCACUGCAGCAUAUACUGCUGAUAGCAAAGGGAUUGUCAAAUUUGGUUGGAUUAAAGGUGUAUUGGUACGAUGUAUGUUGAAUAUCUGGGGGGUGAUGCUCUUCAUUCGACUAUCCUGGAUUGUAGGACAAGCUGGCAUAGGACUUGCUGUCUUGGUUAUUGCAAUGGCCACUGUUGUAACUACUAUCACAGGCUUGUCUACAUCAGCUAUAGCUACCAAUGGUUUUGUGAGAGGAGGAGGUGCAUAUUAUCUCAUUUCCAGAAGCUUGGGGCCAGAAUUUGGCGGUGCUAUAGGCUUGAUAUUUGCAUUUGCUAAUGCUGUUGCCGUAGCCAUGUAUGUAGUUGGUUUUGCAGAGACUUUUGUUGACCUACUUGAGGAACAUGAAUUGCUUAUGCUGGAUCCAAAUAAUGAUAUCAGAAUUAUAGGAGCAAUUACAAUUGUUGUUUUAUUAGGCAUCUCGUUAGCAGGAAUGGAAUGGGAAGCUAAAGCACAGAUUGUUCUGCUGGUGAUAUUACUAAUAGCUAUUGCUGACUUCAUCAUAGGAACAUUUAUUCCAUUUGAGAACAAAAAGCCUGAAGGAUUUUUUGGUUACAAAGCUGAAAUAUUUGCAGAAAACUUUGGACCAGAUUUCAGAAAAGAAGAAACUUUCUUUUCAGUAUUUGCUAUAUUUUUCCCAGCUGCAACAGGCAUUUUAGCUGGUGCAAAUAUCUCAGGUGAUCUUGCGGAUCCUCAAUCAGCCAUACCUAAAGGGACACUUCUAGCCAUCUUAAUCACUACAGUGGUUUACAUGGGAGUAGCAGUAUCAGUAGGUUCCUGUGUUGUUCGGGAUGCCACCGGGAGCCUUAAUGACACAAUUGUUAAUGAGCUGACAAACUGUACAUCAGCAGCUUGUAAACUAAAUUUUGAUUUCUCUUCCUGUGAAAUGACAAAAUGUUCUUAUGGGCUAAUGCAUGAUUUCCAGGUAAUGAGCAUGGUAUCAGGAUUUGCCCCACUGAUAACAGCUGGUAUAUUUUCUGCAACUCUUUCUUCAGCGUUAGCGUCUCUUGUCAGUGCACCUAAAAUCUUUCAGGCAUUGUGCAAAGACAAUAUUUAUCCGGGUUUCCUGAUGUUUGCUAAAGGCUAUGGGAAAAAUAAUGAACCUUUACGAGGGUAUCUUCUCACUUUUUUGAUUGCUCUUGGAUUCAUAUUAAUUGCUGAAUUGAAUGUAAUUGCUCCAAUUAUCUCCAAUUUCUUCUUGGCUUCCUAUGCUUUAAUUAAUUUUUCCGUGUUCCAUGCUUCACUGGCAAAAUCACCAGGCUGGCGACCUGCUUUUAAAUACUACAACAUGUGGAUAUCUUUAGUUGGAGCAAUUCUCUGCUGCAUAGUCAUGUUUGUUAUUAACUGGUGGGCAGCACUGCUCACCUAUGUUAUUGUUCUGGGACUCUACAUUUAUGUAACUUACAAGAAGCCAGAUGUGAACUGGGGUUCCUCAACUCAAGCUUUGACUUAUCUGAAUGCUUUGCAGCAUGCUGUCCGCCUUACUGGUGUAGAAGACCAUGUAAAAAACUUCAGGCCACAAUGCCUUGUCAUGAGUGGUGCUCCAAGCUCACGUCCAGCUUUGCUUCAUCUGGUCCAUGCCUUCACCAAAAAUGUAGGAUUGAUGAUCUGUGGUCACGUACAUAUGGGUCCCCGCAGGCAAGCCAUGAAGGAAUUGUCAGCUGACUUGGCUAGGUACCAACGGUGGCUUAUUAAAAACAAAAUGAAAGCGUUUUAUGCUCCAGUACAUGCAGAAGACCUGAGAGAUGGUGCACAGUACUUAAUGCAAGCUGCAGGCUUAGGAAGAAUGAGGCCAAAUAUUCUUGUUGCUGGAUUCAAGAAGGAUUGGCAGUCAGCUGAUAUGAAUGAUGUUGACAUCUACAUCAAUUUAUUACAUGAUGCUUUCGACUUUCAGUACGGAGUGGUUGUCAUCCGUCUGAGGGAAGGUUUGGAUAUAUCUCAUCUUCAGGGACAAGAAGAAUUAUUGUCAUCCCAAGAGAAAUCACCAGUAACCAAAGACAUUAUAGUAAAUGUGGACUACAGCAAGAAGACUGAUAUGGUAACUUCUAAACCUGUUAGUGAAAAAGGACCUAUUCAUAAAGAAGAAGAAGAAGAUAUCAAGACUCCAACACAGCCACUUUUGAAAAAAGAUCCUAAGGGCCCGUCUGUUCCUCUGAACUUGGCUGAUCAAAAGCUGCUUGAUGCAAGUUCCCAAUUUCAGAAAAAACAAGGCAAAAAUUACAUUGAUGUUUGGUGGCUCUUUGAUGAUGGGGGCUUAACACUUUUGAUUCCAUAUCUUCUGACAACCAAGAAAAAAUGGAAAGACUGCAAGAUCAGGGUGUUCAUUGGUGGAAAAAUAAAUAGAAUUGACCAUGACAGAAGAGCGAUGGCAACAUUACUUAGCAAAUUUCGGAUAGACUUUUCAGAUAUCAUGGUCCUUGGUGAUAUCAAUACAAAACCAAAGAAAGAAAACAUUGCAGCCUUUGAAGAAAUGAUUGAACCAUUCAGACUUCAUGAAGAUGAUAAAGAGCAAGAUGUUGCAGACAAAAUGAAGGAAGAUGAACCUUGGAGAAUCACAGAUAACGAAAUUGAGCUAUAUAAAACCAAGAGUCACCGUCAGAUUAGAUUAAAUGAAUUACUGAAAGAACAUUCAAGCACAGCUAAUCUAAUCGUUAUGAGUUUACCAGUUGCACGAAAAAGUGCUGUAUCGAGUGCGUUGUACAUGGCCUGGAUAGAAGCUCUUUCAAAAGACCUACCACCCAUUCUCCUUGUCCGUGGAAAUCAUCAAAGUGUUCUUACCUUCUAUUCAUAAACUCUCUUGUGCAAAAAUACAACGGGGAAGAAAUGGUACUUCAGUGCCUAGAGGAAAGGGUCUGGGACGUACGAUUAAAAUUUUAACCUCACACAGAGGCAGAAAGUGAUAACUUUCUCACUAUUCCCCUGACUCAAAAGCACAUAAGGAAAGUCACUAUACUCCUAAGUUGUGGAAGUUCCAUUUUUUUCUAAUUCUUCUGUAAUUUAAUCUUGCUAAAGGGGGGAGGAUUCCUUAGUAAAGAAUAAAUAAACAGGUUUUUCUUUGCUACUUGAAAGGCAGCAAUAAAAGUGUUUAUUUUUGAUCAAUGAAAGGGUUAUAGAUUUAUAAAAACAUUUUAGCCUUGAGGUGCCUUCUGAAGUUAACCAAAUUUCAUCCAUAUAUUGUUUUGUAAAUUUAUGAAGUCCGUCUGCCAUUGGUUAAAACUUUAGAUCAAACUUCCUCUAGUUUCUAGACUCUUCCAUCUUACAAUAAUAAAGAUGCUGCAUUCUGGUCUUCCAUGAAGGUAUUAGUUUGGAUUGUUAUAUGUUUCUUAUUGUUUGGAAUGGGGAGUUGUGUGUCUGGUCUGUGUCUGUGUCUGUUUAAGAGACUGGUUAGUCCUAAAAGAGGUAAGUGGGAUGACUUGGUUAUGAUAAAAGUCAAAUUCAUGCAGUUAGCAUUGAGGACUUUGUAAAGUUUAAUUUUCACUACUGAAAGAUGUACUAAUUGGGAACUACUAAUGUUCUCCAGUUCCAUCCCGUCCUUCGUGUUCCUUGGACUCCUAUGAUGGAAGAUUAACCGGACAGAUUUUAUUGUGCGGUUCUGUUAUCAAAGGGUGCUUUUGUCACAGGUUGCCAUCAGUGUUGGGGCUGAUUCAGUGUGUGCCCUUUUUUGGGGGGGACCAUAUAGAUAAAAAGUAGUUCUGUGGGACCAGGUUUUGUCCAAGGCAUCCAAGGACAGUUUAUUUAAAAUCUGCUAAAACUCUUGCUAAACACUCAGGUUUGGUUCUCUUGAGCUUGAUUUUUAAUUUGAUAAGGUGGUGUAUUCAAGAAUUACCCAUUUGUGUGCCCUCUGUUUCUGGAAGGGUAUAUAUUUCAAUUGCUUUAUAUUUUUUUAUUCUAUAAACUGUUUCCUGAAGAAUCUCUUGAGGCUUUAUCCGAUACUUGGUAAUAACAUUUAUACCUGUUACCUGUUAGUUGCUUAAACAUAUGUUUCAACUUUUGGCUUUAAUACAGAGCGCCAUGUUAGAUCAAAGAUCUAUAAUUUCAAGAGUUUCUAAGUGAACACAUAGCAUAUAAAAACACAGCUUUCUUGCUAAGUGAAAUCAAAAUCUAUGAACAAAUUGUUUCGGGAGAUCUGGUUAAUGGGACAACAGGAUUCUUGCAUAUUGUAAUUACUUUCAGUAACCUACUGCUCUAAUGCUGAUUGUUUUGUUUUUUCCAGAAGUGCAAUACACGUUGGCUGCCAGAUAGAGUAAUUCAUUGUCAGGAUAUAUUUUUCAAAGGAAAUUGGAAGUUUAUAAUAAAAUAGUUUAUUGUUACUUUUUUUAAAAAAAAUCACAUUGGAAAUAGAGUGUUGAUUACUACCAGAUUGGUUGAUUGUUGCUGUGAUGAAAGAAGAUGUAAAAUUACUCAGUAAGGCUGAAUUUCCUUUCCUUUCUCUUGUUAAGUGCAGACUUAGAGUAGGAUAGAAAACAGCAUCACCCAUCUGGAAGAAAUGCACUUGGACAGUUAGCAGUUUGGCCCAUUCAGGGCAGCCAUUAUUUGUGAUGUGCAAAAGAAAGGAGUUGCAUUUCUGUCAGUGUGUGGUGGCUGAAAUAAUUAUUUUAACAUUUGGAUCUAUUGAUGGAUACCAAAUGUAGUCUGUGACUUAAAAGUUCUUUAUCCAAUGAGAAUUUCCAAUAUUAGAAAUGCCAAAUGCCAAAUCCUGAUUAUAACAUUAUUAAAACUCUCUAGGUAAUAUAUAUUAUUAACCUGUUAGCAAAUUUACUAUUCCAGUUUCUAUUUACUAUAAAUUUAAAUUUCUUUUGGGCACUUUUUAAAAUUUUCAAUCAGUAAUAACUUGAAAUAGUUUUCCAUUGACACUCAGCAAUAUCAUUUUUAUAAAUUUAUUUUGUGAAAUUCGGAAGUGUUUAGGAAAUAGUUGGAGAAAUUGAUUAUUUAUUGUUUCAUUAUGUUUGUCUUUCCUUUUUACACAAUUAUUUUAUAUGCUGUUUUGUUUAUUUAAAAAUGAACUACGGUCUUAAUUUAAAGCUUGAGCUUUGGUUGGUACUAUCCACAGUCCAAAAAUGUUAUGUCAUAUUUUGAUAAUGUAUUGUAACUGUUAUCUACAGUUAUGACUUUUCUAAUGUUUUAACGACGUCGAGUAUUGCAGCUACUAUACUGUACUGAAGAAGGAUCACUGCAAUAAAUGAAAGUGAAUUAAA